AUGCUUCUCUUUCAUCUUCUUCUGAGUUUUAUAGUAUCAAAAGACAUUACAGUUGUUGGUGAAAGAUUCAGAUCAGUCAAUCUAACUGAAAAUUCAAAAUUAACUCUAAUGAGCAAAGAUAAUCAAAUGAUUGUUGCCUUGUUUUCAGAAAAUAUUCGAAAUUUAAUCUCAAUUAAGCUAACAAACAAUGUUAAAUCAUUGACGAUUGACAAAUUCAACAAAAUAACUUAUGGUUUUAUAACACUUGAUAAUACAGUCGAUAUUGAAGUUAAAGAUCCAUCAUUGACAGUCAGUGUUAACAUAUGGAUGAUUCCUAAAACUGCAUGUUAUCUUAAUUCAUACAUUGUCAGUAAUGAAAAACAAUUUGAGCUCUCAGUUCAAUCUAUUUCACAGAAAACAGAUAUUUGUUUGUUCAUUGCAUCAGAUAGCUAUAAUUCACACCUUAAAUACGGAUUUCUUCAAGGCGAAGGAACAAUCGAAUUAGAAAAACAAGAUGGUAAAGAAAUUAUCACAUGUAAUACAUCACAAUGUGACUACGAACCAGGAAAUAACGUUUUUCUCCAUUACAUGUCUCAAAAAUCAUCUGGUUUUUACUUGAAUCGAGAUCUUAAAGUGAAAGAACAACAAUUCACUGAUUGUCAGUUCACACAUCUUGCAUCCAUAUCAGCAGAAAAAGGUAUUGAGAAAACAUUUCCACUUAUUGGAGAAGAUCCAAAACUUGAGUGCCAUCAAUCAUAUUACAGCAUUGAUUUCAUCACGAGCUCAUCGCUAUUCUCUAUAAUAGUUCAAAUUUUGAUUUUCUUUGUUUCACCAGCUCUCUUACUUUUGUUUUUUGUCAUGUUUAUUUGUCUUCCUUUCAUUCCUAAGAGAUACAAUAAGCAAUCCAUUGACACAUCGCUACAUCCAGAAGAUGACAUAUUUCAGACUACUCUUAUUGAUGAUUUCUCUGAUGAAAACGAAUUUGAAAACUAA